UAGAUGAAAGAUGCGCAUUAUGGAGCAGUAGCACACAGUAAAGAGCAGGGGUGUUGUAAAUGUAGGUCGACUGAGUUUCUCAGUGAGAACUCCCAACUGUAGGCAAAGCAGUCCCCACGCCUCCCAUGUUGAGUGAUUGUCUUGUUUCCAGUCACAUCUGAUAGCUCUUCAGGCACGGGACAGCAUGACUAGUGGAUACAAGGACGGGACACCUGAAGAGGAAUACGCACACUCGCCGUUCAUCAGGAAACAGGGGAACAUUUACAAACCCAAUAAUAAGGAAAUGGAUAACGACAGCAUCAACGAAAAGGCACUUCACGAUGUCCACACCAAGGAGAUUGACCUGGUCAACCGGGACCCAAAGCAUAUAAAUGACAACGUGGUCAAGGUUGAAUUUGAGGACGUGAUUGCCGAGCCCCCUGGCACGUACAGUUUUGAUGGCGUGUGGAAAGCCAGCUUCACCACCUUCACAGUAACCAAGUACUGGUGCUACAGGCUUCUGACGGCCCUGGUGGGAAUCCCGCUCGCCCUCGUAUGGGGCAUCUUCUUUGCCAUCCUCUCCUUCAUCCACAUCUGGGCGGUGGUACCCUGCGUGAAGAGCUACCUAAUCGAGAUCCACUGUGUCAGUCGAGUGUACUCCAUCUGUGUGCACACGUUCUGCGACCCGCUGUUCGAGGCCAUCGGAAAGUGCUUCAGCAGUGUUCGGGUCACCACCACCAAGGUGGUGUAAGGAUACGGAAAGGGAAAUAGCAAGAGGGAAUGGGUGGGAUGGGGGAAUGGAAACCAAUGUCCAUCACAGGGAGAUAAUGUUUAAAGAAAAUAUAGCCUCUAUAAUAAAAAGAGGGCAAAACAAAAGUGAACAGAGAUGAGGUUAUCGGGGGUUGCACUGUAUUAAGGUGACUAUAAGAAAAAAUACUCCUCUUUGUCUCUGUUCAACAAGUACAUGAUCUUUGUCUCCUCACAACUUUGGAUUCCAAGGGGACAUCUGUUAAUAAUUCAAUUUUUUUUUUUUUUACAUUUGUUAGCCUGUCUCAUUUUAGGAAUGCAGUUUCUGCCUUACUUGUGUUGAGUCUGUUGUUUUAUUGUCCCCUUUCAUUCAUCCUUGUAACGACGUAAUUUUGUGGUGUUUAAAUAACUAAUAGUUUUGCUAUCUUCAGUCUUCUUUCAGUCUUCCGUUUGGUAGAUGUGUACUAUUACCCUUAAAGGUAUAGUUCACCCAAAAAUGAAAAUUUGCUGAUAAUUUACUCACCCUCAGGCCAUCCAAGAUGUAUAUGACCUUCUUUCUUCAUCAGAACAGGAUUUAAGAUUUUUAGAAAAGUAUCCCAGGUUUUUAGCUUCAUCCAAUGCAAGUGAAUGGACACCAAUUUUUGAUGGUCCAAAAAGCAUAUUUAGGCAGCAUCAAAGUAACUGACACGGCUCCAGUCGAUUAAGUAAUGUUUUCUGAAGUUAUUCGAUACGUUUGUGUGAAAAACAAAUCGCUAAAAUGUUUUUAACUUUAAAUAGGCGCUUCUGCCAGCUCUCUGUAGCUGUUUGAAUUGACCUAACACUCACGUGAAGUACGUUCCUCUGUGGUAAACAGAGCAGAACUUCUGAAUUCUCGCGUGAACGUGCCAACGUGAUGACAUCACGCGACAGCGAUGGGAGGCAUUGAGUGUUUACAGGAAGCGAUUUUUUGAAGUUAAUAAAGUUUUAAUUAGCGUUUAGUUUUUCACCCAAACGUAUCAAUUCACUAGAGAAGACAUUACUUAAUCAACUGGAGUCAUGUGGAUUACUUUGAUGCUGCCUAAAUAUUCUUAUUGGACCUUAAAAAAUUGGUGUCCAUUCACUUGCAUUGGAUGGAAGCUAAAAACCUUGGAUACUUUCCUAAAAAUCUUAAAUCCUGUUCUGAUGAUUAUAGUACCUUUUUGGGUGAACUAUUCAGGUCAGAAUUUGGUUUUCCGCAUGCCAAUACAUCUCACGCACAUUGCGUAUGAAGUAAACUUCAACAUCAGCACAGUACGCAUGGAAUGUCCACGUGCAGCAUCGUUUUUCAAGACAUGCAGUCUUUGCGCGUCGCCGGUGCAUGCGCCUGCCAUUGGCUGUGCUACAAGAGUGUCGAAUUCCCCCGUAUGGGCUCACGGUCAAAUGAGUUUACUUUUAAAGGCUGAGCACUAGACAGUGCACAAGAUGAAGCGGCACCAUGUCCUAACCAGGCGCAACAACUUUCGAGCAAACAAUUUGUCUGUCCACACUGAACGCGAAAUAGCUGCAAGACGCAACACAGCCAGUUGAUAUUUGAUGUUUAAUACCUAGUUAUGUGGAGUGGGAUUUUUGAACCAGUGAGAUUUCAUGGUGGGCGGGGCUACCCUGUACAAUAAGGCUGGGUAAAAAUAUUGAUUUUCAAAUGAAUCUUCAUUUGAACAAUCUCGAUAUUGAUUCUUAAAAAUCCUUUCUUAAAAAUGUUUACUUUAACUAUUAAAGUUUACUUCAGUUUUGAUUGUGUUGAUUAUUAAAUCUGUUAAAUAAGUAGCAAUUUAACUGCAUAGCUUGGGCCCUGUUGUUAAAUGUAAAAAUUUAUAUUUUCAUAAUGUACCAAGUUAAAAGGUUCCCUGUUUAAUUUACAGCAAUAGCAGAGAAUGAAUUAUUUCCUAUGUAAGCAAGUUAUUAUAAUAGUUAUUAGAAAAAUAGUUAUUAUACUGUAAAUGAAAUAUACCCAAAUAAACCAGAAUUGAAUCAAAUUGUAUCGCAAUCGACUCAAGAGCUUGCGAAUCGGAAUUGAAUCAAAUCAGGAAAUUUCUGUCAAUACCCAGCCCUACUAUACAAUCAAGUAAUCGACAAAAUGGCCUUUUGCAGUUCUGGCUGAUUAUUAGAAAACUUCAGAUUUACAUAGAAGAGACUGAUUUUAAUGCUUGACGUGUCGUGCCUGGUUCGGGCAUGGUGUUAUUUGCCAUCAUCACGGGGGUUUGUGUAAUCCAAGUUUAAUGGUUGUUUUUUUUGUUUUUAUGGGGGGAGGUUGGGUUUGGGGGGGAUUGAGCAAAUUUUAGAGAAAAGUAGGCGUGGCCCUACUGAUGUCAAGACUGCCCAUCACACUGCAUGUUUCCACUAAAAAUGGUGGUUGGCCUAAACAUGGGGCAAAAGAGGUGCCCUCACUGAACCCUUUGUCAACUCAGCAUAUACUAACAAAGAGAGUUCCUAGAGUCAUAGAGUUCCUGGCUCUAUGACACAUAACGCUUUAAACUGGUCAUCAUGGCAACAGCUUUAUGAGUGGCUUCCAAAGAGACGUAACGUGAAUUUACCUACUCAGCUAAACCACACCAAGGACAUAAACCUAGUGGGGUCUUCUAGCAGUCGUGAAGAUUGAACAUGAAAGAAAAUGAUUUUAACAUGAGAAAGAAAAUGAUCACAGCCUUAACAUGCACAUAAACAAAUGUUUGCGGUCUUUGAAGAUGAAGAACUUAUAUAUAUAUACAUGCUUCUGCAGUACUGCAGUUCUGCAGUACAAAGAGAUAUCAUUUGGGUUGGAAUUUUGUCCCUGCAAACAUAAACAAACCUGUCUACUUCUCUGUUUGUUCACUGUUAGAUAAAAACACACACACACAUACACACACACUGGCAAAGACUGGCAGCAAAAUAAAGUAUCCAGCCUCACAGGCUGCUGCUAAAGUGGGGUAUAGUAUUUAGUACUGACGUUAAGCUCACUUUUGUCACCUUUUUGUCUACCCGCUUUGACUCAGUCACUUCUUUGUCUACCUGCUGUCUUAGUAUCUAUUGCAAAACAUGUGCUUAAAUGAGUCAACCUCUGUAGAUGAGAUCAUAUUUUUAUAUGAAAACUGAAAUUCUCUUUCCUUGCUUUUACUGUAAAAUCACAUAAUGCUGUGCACAUUAAAAAAUUUUAAUAUAAAUCUA